AUGUGGAAUGAAAUGUAACUUUAAGAACAAAAUUUAAUAUCAAAAUAUGCCAAAUAGAAUAUGAUUAAUCAAGAGAAAGGAGGCAAUAUAGAAUCUUAACAAAUUUAAAUUAAAGAAUCUGAUCGUAUUUUAUUUGAAAAUAACUAAAAGGUUAUUAGCUAGCCAGAGAAGAAAGUAAUUUAAUACAGCGAUGAAUAAUAAUUGAUGGAUAAAUAAGUUGAAUUUAAAUUAUUUGAUGAUUCAACUAAAUAAAGUUCAUAAUGCUAUGAUAUUGCGUUUGAUAAGAGUGGAUUAAUUAUGAUUUCCUGUUGUAUUAAGUAAAUCAAAAUAUGGAAUUUUGAGAAAGGAAAGUUAAAUUUAUAAAAUUCUUAUGAAACUCAUUAAAAAGCUAUUACAUGCUUGGUGUAUAGCUCAAAGAAAAAUAGUUUUAUUUCUGGCUGUUGGCAAUAAAUAAUUAAAAGGAGUGUAAGUUUUCAUAACCUUACUAAUAACAUAAUGAAGCUGUUAAUUGUUUAAUAUUAAAUAAAUAAGAGGAUUAACUUAUAUCAGGAGGAAGUGAUACUAAAAUAAUAGAUUGGCUGGUAGAUUUUAUAAAGAAUGAGUUGGUUUUCCUAUAUUCCUUAGAUAAACAUACCAACACUGUUUAUUCACUAAGUUUUAAUUAAUCUGAAACUCUAUUGGCAUCAAGUGGGUACAGAAAAUUUAUAAUUUGGGAAAAAGGAUUAAAGGAUUAAAGGUAAAAUGGGAUUUUAAAUAUACUCAAAAUGUCUCAGCUGCAGGAUAUAAAAUCCAUUUCAUUAAUGAUUAAUAAAUUUUUUGGUUACCUAUGAACCACUACAUUAAUGAGCUUUUAGUAUUUGAAUUAUAGAAUGGAGACUUUUCAAAUAAUUAAAACAAAACUAUCACUUUUAUUAGGAAUUAUGAAUCUUAAGAUAAAACCUAUUUUCCAAUUAUGCAUAAUAAAGAUAGAAAUGUAAGAUUGACUAGACAUAAAUAACAUAUCUAUUUGAUAAGAGAAUUUAAUGAUGGCACAUUUAAAAUUGUUUCAACCUUAAAUUGUUAAAGUUAAGAAAUUUAUGGGACAAUGACAAAUAAUGGAUAGUAUUUAGUAUUUCACGAUUAUAAGUCUGGAAAGUAUUCAUCAUAUGAAAUAAUAUAUUAAUGA